AGGAGCAAAGCAGAAGCAGGAGUCGGGCAGCGCUCACAUCUCCGCUCCAGCCCUGCAGCACACACGGGGCAUAUGACAUUGAACAAAACUUCCAUUCAGUGCGCUCCCCUGUGAAAGUGCUGCCAAGUGCCUGGCUCUGCUGCGGGCCAUUUCCUGACUAAGAAUAGCAGAGAGCAGCCUACUGGGGACUCCUCAAUCUGUCAGCAACGCGGGGGAGUCUCAGCGCUGCACCGGGCAAACCAUUGCUGCACCGACAGGGGGGAACCCGCAGCUCGCCUUGCCCCAGGACAGGGCAACUAUUGCAAGGGACUGUGCCCAGCAGCGCGGCUCUGGUAUUCAUUGACUUGUCAUUUGGCCGGGGCUGUACGAGUGACAGGGCUGUGUCCCUUCAGGAGCUGACAGACCGCUCCGUGCCCGGGGAACUUGGGGAGAAAGUUGCGGCUUGGGUGCAGCAGCCAUGGAUAUGCGCUCAGUGGGCAGGCUGCUGCUGUUCCCCGUACAGAUGCUAUUCGCCAUUCUAAAGGCUGCUGCGAACUUGCUGAUGCCCACUAGGCUGAGGGACCUGAGCGGGGACACUGUGCUCAUCACUGGCGGAGGCAGGGGGAUCGGCCGCCACCUCGCUAGGGAGUUCGCAAAGCAAAACGCUAAAAAGAUAAUUCUGUGGGGCCGGACAGAGAGGUGCCUUAAGGAAACUACUGAAGAAAUAAAGCAAAUGGGAACGGAUUGUUCAUACUUUGUAUGCGAUGUUGGUAAUCGUGAGGAAGUCUACCAGCAAGCAAAAGCUGUCAGAGAAAAGGUUGGAGAUGUAACCAUUUUGGUGAACAAUGCAGCGGUUGUACAUGGCAAGAGUCUCAUGGACAGUGACGAUGAUGCUCUCUUGAAGUCCCAACACAUUAACACACUAGGACAAUUUUGGACUACAAAAGCUUUCCUGCCACGUAUGCUGGAACUUCAGAAUGGCCACAUUGUUUGUAUAAACUCUGUGCUGGCCUUAUCUGCAAUCCCUGGUGCCAUUGACUAUUGCACUUCCAAAGCUUCCUCCUUUGCCUUCAUGGAAAGCUUGACCUUGGGCCUUUUGGACUGCCCAGGAGUAAAUGCUACAACAGUACUGCCAUUCCACACCAACACAGAGAUGUUUCAGGGAAUGAGAGUAAGGUUUCCUAACCUUUUCCCACCUUUGAAGCCUGAAACAGUAGCUACAAAAACAGUGGAGGCUGUUCAAAAGAAUAAAGCUUUUCUUCUGCUUCCAUGGACGAUGCACGCACUUGUGAUCUUAAAAAGCAUCCUUCCUCAAUCAGCACUUGAAGAAAUACACAGAUUUUCAGGAGCUUACACCUGUAUGAACACUUUCAAAGGGAGGACAUAGACACCAUGAAAGACUACUGUGCGCAAUUAGGCACAAGCAAUCCUAAGAAGACUGUGGAGCCGAGUCUCUACUUUCAUGCCCGGUCUUAUGACUGAUGCUCUUGCGGCAUAUGGUUCUUCCAGGUCAUUUAUCCUGUAACGUGGCCUUUGGGCAGGCCCCAAUAAUGCUGAACUCUAUGGACUCUGGAGCACGUCAAGUGAAUUUUGUUUUCCUUUCUUUUAGGGAUUUAGAGUUUUUAUUGUUUAACUCUGCUGGUAGCAAGAACAGAUUCAAAUUUACUUUUUUUAAUCUGCUUUUAGCAAUUGUUUAAGCAACAGUUGCAUUGUGUUGUAGUGCUAAAUACAGACCAAUACUGCUUCUAAUCCAGUGAAAAUGUUGGAAAUCAUUAGCGAGUUCACCCCCCGCAUUGUAUUUUCUCAGGAUAAUUAACAGAGCAUAUUGGUAUACUUGCCUGAAAAAACACAAUACUUAAAUUUAAGUAAGGUUUUAAUAUAUUUUGUUAAGCUAUUCAAUUUUAAAUGGCUUCAGAUUUUGUGUUUCUACAAAGGGCUUGAAAAAAAAAUCAGGUUUUGUACAGCUUUGUUUUUAAGGUGUAUUUAAAAGCAUUAAAGGGGAUAUAGCUUGGCUCCCUUCCUUAAAUGCUUUGUUGACAUUUAACUGAAACCAGUAACUGUAACCAAAAUAAUAUACAUUAUAAUGUGUAUGUUCACUUUCGCUGAGAGAAAAACUGGUCUACCAUUUUAUUCGUAUCUUGCAACGCUCACAGUAAAAUGUUUGGAAAAGAG